AUGCCAAGCGAGAAAAGCAAGCCGCUUCGCACGCGGAAGCGCAAGCACCGGAAGAAGAAUGCUGAGACACCUCCGCAGCCCAUGGAGACAGAGAAGGCGACACGUACUGCGCAGUCCACCUGGACUUCUAGUGGACAUAGUGGGCUGGAGAUUGAUGAGCUGGUGAAGGGCGACACCUACACCUGGCUGCGAAGUGGUCUCCUGGGCCGUGGAGCUAUGGGCACGGUUUGGAAGGCAGAAGUUGUCAACACACAGAAGAUCUUGGCUGUGAAGGAGGUGGACCUUGACGUAAACCUGCAAGUGCCAAGUGAAAUUGCCGCUGAAGUCGACACGCAUCGUGAGCUCAAGCAUCCCAACAUUGUAUUGUCGAAGUAUUACAUGUAUUUGGAGUUCAUGCCGGGGGGCUCCCUCCGGCAAUUGUUGAAACGCGACGGGCCCUUGGCAGAGCCCCAAAUCCGCACCUAUGCCUCCCAGCUCCUCAGUGCUGUGAGCUGCAUACACCGAUGCGGGAUAUUACAUCGAGACAUUAAAACGGCGAAUGUCCUCCUGACAGAGGAUAAGACGUGCGUCAAGCUAGCUGACUUUGGGUGCGCAAAGAAGUCCAAAAUCAGCGCAAAGCACACGUUCCGAGGAUCUGUUCUUUGGAUGGCGCCUGAGAUCAUCAAUGGAGAGAAGUAUGGUUCUAGAGCCGAUAUCUGGAGCCUCGGUUGUACUUUGAUCGAAAUGGUAACAGCUCAGCCCCCCUGGGGCAAGUUUUCCUCACAAUUGGCGGCCAUGAUGCACAUAGCUUGUUGUGAACAGUCACCGCCGCUCGAAGAAGAUGUCAGUCCCCACCUGCGGGACUUUGUGAGCAUUUGCACGCGACGGACUCCAAAGGAACGUCCACGAGCCUGCAAACUUAUUCAGCAUGCUUUCUUGAAUUCGUGUGGCCGUGAGUUGCCCGUGGAACUCACCUGA